AUGGAAAAUAAUCCAUCCAACUCGCAGCAAAGUGCUCCAACAGCGAGUGGCAGCAAUGAGCGCGACAUUGCCAGCAGAAGAAAUCGGCUAAUGCGCAUAACGCAGCGUACAAUCGACACGGACGAUAGCAGCCGGAGCAGUAGUAGCAGCAGCUUCAGCGAAAUGGAGGAUAACAACAACGAGAUCGAUGAUCGAGGCGAGCUGCAGAACGACAUGCUGGCAGUCGGUGGUUUGUCCCCUGAGCUGGCCCCCCAGGAUCUUCCGGAGGAUGAAGCAGCGCGGUUGUUCGAGGACUACAUUCGCGAGCGGGAAUCAGCUGCCACAGAGAUCUACAACAUAGAACUUCCUACCGAACAUGCGUACCUCGGCAAAAUGGAAAGAGUGGAAGGGGUUGACUAUCUGGAACCUGGCAAAGUGUACCGCCUGCCAAUAUACAGUCACCACUCGAUAGUGUACCCGGGCGAAAUAGUGCCACUCAUGUUGAACGACUCGAAUCUGUACAACGGCGGAACAAACGACUCCUCGGAUGGGCUGAAGUUUGGGCUUGUGUUUCUAAAUCAGUACCGCGGAAGCGAACGCGUGUACGGCGUCACAUGCCAAGUUUACGAACGUGGUGCGGACGGACUGUCGGCCCUACUAAAAACGGUUGCCCAGCAACGUUUCUACGUCGUACGCCAAUCACAGGAACGAAGGGCUGACGUGCAGAUUCUUCCCGAAAUCGUACUACCCGAUCCGCUGAUCACCAGCUGCUCGAAUGCCAUGGUACGAUACGCGCACAGCAGCCGCAAGGACCGGUUGUCACACUUUAAGCGCAUGGUUUCACAAUCCACGGUUUGGCCACCGUUCGUGUACGAUCAGUACGACACGAAGAAGGUGAUGGUGAAGGUGGAACGGUUCCUAUCGGCUCUCAAAAUUACCAGCGUCCAAACCGACAAGGUUAAGCUGUCGUUCUGGCUGGCACGAAACAUCCCGCUCUCGGAGGAAUACCGCAAGAUGAUCUUUUGCACCGAUUCCGUACUGCGCCGGAUGCUGAUCAUCAACAAAGCCCUCGAUCGUAUGUGGUACUUCAUUUGCAAGCGGUGCGAAAGCGAAAUCGCCAAUUAUAACGACAUGUUCGCGAUGUCGAAGCAGGGCAUCCAAACGAGCUACUGCAACCCGGCGGGAUACGUGCACGAUACGCUCACCGUACACAAGACGAAGGAAAACUCGACCCUCCCGGUUGAGCGUCCGUCCACCAACUUCAGCUGGUUUCCGGGAUACGCCUGGCAAAUCAUUGUCUGUGCCAACUGUCGGCAACCGCUUGGCUGGAAGUUUGUCGCGGAGAAGAAGAACGUGCUGCCGAAGAGCUUCUACGGGUUGUCCGGAACGAACAUUACGGUCAAAUCGCACGGUGAUCUGAAGACUGAUGAAGAUUUCGAUUUAAUCGAACGGGUGACGGCCGAAGCAGAUGAGCAGCUGAACUACGAGGAGCUGUCCGAGUUUGACUCCAGUACUGAUGAGGAGCUGUAUUAAGCUUACACUGGCGUGCGUGUGCGCUGGGUUAGGUUUAUUUUGUAUUUUAAUUUGUAUCUAAUGCAUCCGGGGCUGGGAGAAAACAGACUCGGGAAGAGAUGCCCGCAUAUGAGAUUCCGUUUUCCGAUGCCGUGUUGGCCAUCCAUGGCUCUCAACCAUGUGCGUCGUUGGUUUGUUUCGCGUGCUAAAUUAAGCCAAAACACGGAUGCGGUUCAGCUUCAGUUUAUUUCUCGUUAUCAUUGCACAGUUGCAACCUUGCUAAGCGGGUUUGCAUAUUGGAGAGAACGAAUUCUGUAAAUUCGGCGUGUCUCGUGUUACUCAUAAAACCCCCAACGGAUCGGAGUUUUUUAAAAGGAAAACUGAGAAGGGAAAAACUGUAAACUGUAGCGCUACGUGACAGACCCGCCAAUGAUGAUGUUCGUGUACUUAUCUACAUCAAAAGUUACAUCAACGUUGUAUUUACGAGUUUUAGCAACACUUGUUGUUCUUUAUUUUUUCCUCUCUCUCCUUCUAGCAUUGUUAUUCAAAGCUUUACUUAAACCUUUUCAAUGGCAACAGCGUUUAGAAACACGCGGUACUC